CCAAAGUGUCCUGUAUAAAUGAAACGGCUACGAGAAAUCUCUCGCUGACUCUGUCUCUCGCCACGAUCCAAACCCUAACGCGAACGACCGGAUCGACAGAUCGAGCGAGGCAGGGUCGGGAUGAUGGAGGCGCCGUCGCUGGAGCACCGGGUGCCGGCGGAGGAGCGGCACCGGAUCGAGCGGGUGGCGCGGUUCGUGGCGCGGGACCGGGACGGGGACCUGGCGGAGGCGCUGCUGCUGCGGCUGCUGCGGAUCACGCGCAACGGCCGGCGAUGGGGGUUCCUGGCCAACGACCACCCGCUCCACCCCUACUACCUCCAGCAGAAGGUCUCCGAGCAGUGCCGCAUCCUCCGCCCCCGCCACGCCGCCGACCGCUGAUCCUCCGCCCUCCUCCGUGCCGGGCGAUCGCUUGGCAUGCCGGCGCGCGCAUGCAUCUUGCCGUCUCUGCUCUGUUGUUAAUUUUUUCUUUCUUGUUUCGUCGUCGCAUCACAUAUUUUUUUUUG